AUGAAUUUAUCUUGUCUCGGUAAUUCCUUUACGAAACUGCCAUGGAAGCGAGUGUUUCAAUUCCUGACCACAAAAGAAAUAUAUAGGCUCAAAGUAGUUAACUCUUUUAUGAGUACUGUGAUCAUUAAGGAAUCGCGACGUUCUCUCAUUCAUCCCAUUUACGAAGUAGGACUUGUAUGCAGAGAUUCAGAACAACUGCUCACAACUCUUUCUCACUACUUCAAUAUUCACAAAUUUCAUGAAGAAUUCCAUUUACUGAAUGUGACCUAUCAAUUCUCGAGUCUUGCACGAAUCUAUACAGGAUAUGAAGUAGAAUUCAUUGGACGAGAAAAUGAAUUUUUCAGUCAAGAUUCUAUUCUCCCCAAUUAUCACAGUUCAAAAAAAGUACAAACGGGUAAAUCUUCUCGAAACAGAAGGAAACCUAAAGUAGGAAACAUCUUCACUCGAAUGACCAUUCGUUUCUAUCCAAUUCUGUUGCUAUCAAGUGAUCCCUCACACAAAAUUCUACUCACACGAGAAAAGAAUGUAUUCUUGAGCGAGGCAAUGAGUUUUUUGGAUGGAUAUCUAAUGUUAUAUCCAACUGCGAAAAGCUCUCAAAGUCAAAACUACAAUUUCCAUAGGAAUACUGUCUAUUCUCAAUAUGCUAGCAAUUAUGAAGAGGAAGAAGACGAUAUUGAAAUAGUUUGCAAAAGGAGUUCUAGAAAGUCGUCCUCCAGCUCUAAAUCACAUUCUCUACCCGAUAUGAAGAAAUUUUCGUCUCCAGAACUAAGCAUGGCUGUUUUGAAUGAUCCCUUCCUUUCUAGUUCGACCCCAACGAGUUUCAUUGCCUCAUCAAAUCUGUUACGUAGGUCUGAGGAAAUGCAAUCCUCUCUUCCAUCAAACAUUCACAUUGCAGAGUCGCUCAUGGUCCCUUAUGUUACUGUUUCGGGCAAAUCUCCAAGUAGUGUCAACGCCUCAAUGAAAAAGGCUCUGGGACAUAUUAUCUCAAAUUCAAAUUCUUGCAAAAAACUCUACAGGACUCAUCAACGGAGUAUCUAUCACUCUAAUUUAUUGGAUUAUAUUGAAUCAAUCAUUCAAACUAUGGAUAUUCAAGAUAAGGUUAAAAAACUGACCAGUCUAUUUAACAACAAGUACACCUUUUAUGAGCUUCUGACAGAUCGAAUUGAUUACUUUGUGAAAAGAAUUGGACUUAGAUACUUUACCAUUCGAGAUCAAAUAUUAAUCAUCAAGAAUUUGUACAGCUCACUGUUCACUGGCUACGGGUCUAACAUUAUCACUAAGAAAGAUUUUUCAUCGUCACACUUUAAAUUAAUCUAUCAAAACAAUUUCUCGAACAUGAUCAUUCAGAAAAUUGUACGUCAUGCAAGCAAACAGCAAAAGCAAGAAAUUCGAAUGAUGCCAAGCAUUGAAAUCAAUUCAAAAACAUGCUGGAUUUUGUUUGAUGAUUUUACCUCAAACUCCAUACGUCAUGUUGAGGUUCGAAUCAGCAUGAGAGGAUGUCUCUCUCAAACCUUUACAGUUUUUAAACCAUUCAUUGUUUAUUCAGAGCAAAAAGAUCAAUGA